GGUCAGCGUAUGUUUUGUGCGGUGCUCAGGAUAAAGAUGCGGUAAGGCUGGCCUUGGAACAGAUUGAUGUUAUCAAGAGGAUGUGUAAUGAAUAUGAAGAAUUGGAGUUUGUUACUUCAUCCCAAGGUAUUAAAAACACCAAAAAGAUUGCCUGUCUUAUUGGUUUGGAAGGAGGGCACAUCAUAGACAGCAGCUUGGCAGCUCUUAGGAUGUUCUAUGACCUUGGAGCCAGAUAUAUGACCCUCACUCACACAUGCAAUACUCCAUGGGCACAAACAUCUGGUGGAGGUCCACAUAAAGUCUACCAAGGAACGAAAGGCUUGACAGAGUUUGGCAAGGAAGUGGUAAAGGAAAUGAACAGAAUAGGUAUGAUCAUUGAUCUAUCUCAUACCUCAUUCGACACAUCUCGGGAAGUCCUAGCAAUAUCUCAAGCACCGGUUAUAUUCAGUCACUCAGCAGCCUAUGCUUUAUGUGGGAUAGAGCGUAAUGUCCCCAAUGACAUUCUGAUAAAGAUUAAAGAGAAUAAUGGAAUGGUGAUGGUGAAUUUUCAUACCACGUUUAUAGCAUGCGGGAAAACAGCAAACAUAUCUACAUUGGCAGACCAUUUUCACUACAUAAAGACGAUAAUUGGACCCGAAUAUAUUGGAUUUGGAGGAGAUUAUGAUGGAGUAACAGGUUUUCCUGAAGGCCUGGAGGAUGUAUCAAAAUAUCCACUGCUGGUUGAGGAAUUGCUGAGACGUGGGUGGCAAGAUUCAGAAAUUAAAGCUAUUUUAAGGGAAAAUUUCUUGAGAGUUUUUGGCGAGGUCGAGCAAGUUAGAGAUGAGAUGCUGAACGUGAGACCUUCAGAAGCAGAGAUUUCAGAGGAUAAGCUGAGCUACUCUUGCCGUUUAGAUCUGCGGAAAAUUCAAAGUAUAAAUGCAUCCGGCAUUCAAGAAAUCAGCGCCGCUUUCACUCUAGCAACAUGUAUAUUGUCCUGUAUAUAUGUAUUUUGGUAACUGUGUUAUUCAUUGAUGAUGUUUGUUCUUUAGAAAAGAAAGCAGGUGCAAGUGCAGAGACCCCCUCUGUGCAGUACCUCAGAGCAGGGGGUAUCUGCACGAGUCUUAAGCAAAAAUAUUCUUCAGGUCUGCGUAUAUAGUAGACUAUAUCUAUUUCUAGCUAAGGUACUAAGGUAAGAGUAGGGCUCUAUUACAUUGCACAGUGUUCCGAAAGGACUAGUGCUGAUCGGCGAAAAACGCGUUGAUUGGCGCUUGUUUGCAUCGGUCUACUACACAGGCCGAUGCAAAAUGAAUGGGGGAGGCAAGAUUGCUACCACGUUCAUUCCUCCCUCAGUCAGUUCUAUUAUCAGCAGCAUACCCGUGAUUACAAGGAGAUGUGCUGCCGAUAUUCCUGUAUCUUCUAUUCUUAUGAAAGAUGUAAAUCGUCCGACAAACUUUUUUAUGGGCGGCAUGAUUAUAUAGGACAAUUAUUGGGAAUGAGUGUUCCUGUGAAUGCUCAUUCCCAAUAAUUGGCAUAAAAAUUGUACAGUCUCAUAGGCGCAUAAGUUGCAGAUAGACUGCAAGGUCAGACUACACAGUUGUAGGCUAUAAUGUUAUGGACAAAGCCCUGUUUACACAGAACUAGGAUAUAUAGAUUUUUUAAUUAUAACUACUUGGAAAUGUGCUUCAUUUUGCUUGAUAGGCGCUGCAGCAGUGGUUGGAAUAGCGCCUCUAGCCUUUGCAUCCUAAUUAUUUCCUUUGCUUUGGAUUGUAAGUAAAGGGUUGUCUCAUCUUAGACAUUGGCAUAUCACUUGGAUGUGCCACUAAUGUCAGAGCCGCCUUCCAUUCAUUUCUAUUGCACUGCUGAAAAUAGCCGAGCACUAUGUGUGGUCUCCACAUUUUUUGUAGACCCUUAGAAAUGAAUGGGUACAAGUGCAAUCUGCAAAAAAUGGGGAUGGGACGCAGACCCAAAAUCCAGUCAUGUGUAUGAGCCCUAACAAGUAUUUGUCAUUGAACCCAAAAGAGAAAAACACCAUGAACAGUGUGACUUUAUUAUAUGUACAAUUAUUCACUUGUCAGACAAGGUAACAAUGACUUAAGAUUUUUCUUCCUUUUUUCAUUGUCGCCUUCCAAGGACUAUAACUUUUUUCCAUCCUUGUAGCUGUAAGGGAGCUUAUUUUUUGCGGGACAAUUUGUAGUUUUUAAUGGUGCCAUUUUGGGGUACAUGUAACCUUCUGAUUAACUUUUAUUAACUCUUUCUGGGAGGGAGAUGGGAAAAAAACAGCAAUACUGCAACUGAGUUUUUAAAUUUUGCGGCGUUCAUUUUUAGGCAUAAAUAACAUAAUAUUUUUAUUCUCUGGGUCAGUACGAUUACAGCGAUACCAAAUACAUAUAGUUUUUUUUUUUUUUUUUUUACGUUUUACUACUUUUGUUCAAUAAAAGCCACAUCCGAAGACCCAUAACUUUUUUAUUUUUAUUUUGUUGUGUGAAGGCUUAAUUUUGUAAGACGACUUAUAGUUUUCAUUGGUAUUAUUUUGGGGUAAAUAACAAUUUUUAAUCGCUUGUUAUGAAGUUUUUUUUGCUGGAGACUAAGAAUAAAUUUGCAAUUCCUGAUUUAUUUUUAUUUUUUUAUGACGUUCACCGAGAUACCUGUUUGAAGUUGGCAUGCAGACGUCUCUGGGGAUCAUUCUACAUGGCGGUUUUGUCCUAUUUUGUUGUGAUUUUCAACCAAUCUGUGAUCUAAAAUAUUACACAGUUUUUUUUUUUUUAUAUAUAUAUAUUUUUUAAUUGAUGUAUCAUCAGGUAAAAAAGAUUACAUACGUUUUCAGAAUCAUAUAUCAAGAUACAGGAUGCAUUUUGUUUUUUAGUAUAACAAUAAUUGAAUACAUGACAUAUUCAAAAUAAAGAACAAUAUUCCCACCCUCCCUAUCCCUUCAAAACUUCCCAAAAGGAUAUCUGCUCAAGUUCUCCCUCCCCAAUUUUAGAAUCGUAUAUAAAUAACAUUACGAUGAAGAUACCAUUGGACAAGAACUCAAAGUCCUCAUUUCUAAUUUUCCCAAGUUCCCCUUCAACACAGCUUUGGAGUACCAUUCUGUAUAUUGAAAAGCUGACAUGAGCCUAUUGAUGUCUGUCUGUGUAAGAUGUUUUUCAAUAAACGUCUUCCAUUUA